AUGCCCGAAUCGCGUGAAGACUCUGUCUACCUUGCCAAGCUCGCCGAGCAGGCGGAGCGCUACGAGGAGAUGGUCGAGAACAUGAAGCGCGUUGCUUCGUCUGACCAGGAGCUUACUGUCGAGGAGCGCAACCUUCUCUCGGUCGCCUACAAGAACGUCAUUGGUGCUCGUCGUGCCUCGUGGCGCAUCGUCUCCUCCAUCGAGCAGAAGGAGGAGUCCAAGGGUAACGAGACCCAAGUUUCCAUGAUCAAGACCUACCGUGAGAAGAUCGAGGCCGAGCUCGCCCAGAUCUGCGAGGACAUCCUCGACGUUUUGGACAAGCACCUCAUUCCCUCGGCCGCCUCGGGUGAGAGCAAGGUCUUCUACCACAAGAUGAAGGGUGACUACCACCGAUACCUCGCCGAGUUCGCCACCGGUGACAAGCGUAAGGACUCUGCCGACAAGUCGCUCGAGGCCUACAAGGCUGCUUCGGACGUCGCUGUCACCGAGCUGCCCCCUACCCACCCCAUCCGCCUGGGUCUUGCCCUCAACUUCUCGGUCUUCUACUACGAGAUCUUGAACAGCCCCGACCGCGCUUGCCACCUCGCCAAGCAGGCUUUCGACGACGCUAUCGCCGAGCUCGACACCCUCUCGGAGGAGAGCUACAAGGACUCAACCCUCAUCAUGCAGUUGCUCCGUGACAACCUUACCCUCUGGACUUCGGACAUGCAAGAUUCCGAGAAGCCCACCGAAGCCGCCGCUGCCGACGCUCCGGCUGCCGAGGCCAAGGGUGAGGAGGCCGCCUAA